CUUCAUUUCAUUCUUCUUUCUUUCACUUUCCUGGCUGCUGGACAGUCUUCUUUGAAUCAGUUCUCUCUCUCUCUCUCUUUUUGCUUUUUUCUUUUUUUUGCAUCUUGUCUUACAAUUCGUUUCCAUUUUGAAUUAUCCUCCACUUCUUAUUCACCAUGCGUCCCUCUUCACUUACUAAUGCCCUGGUUUUUGCCAUGUUUGGCUUGGCCCCUAUUGCUUCCGGCCACUUGGCGCCAGGAUCUACAGACAUGGAACGACGAUACAUCGGCUCCGGUGCAACUCUGGCUACCAAGUUCGUGCGCUCUAUGAUUGCAGGGCUCGAGGUUCGCCAUCACACCGAGGCGCAGAUUGCUGCCAAGGAGGCCGCCGCCAAGAAGAAGGGCGGAAAGAAAGGUGGAAAGAAGAACCAAGCCCGCGAAGCAAGUGAAGUUCCUCCUGAUGAUGAAUUCGGCUCUUGGGCUGAUAAGCGCGAGCCCCAUCACACUGAGGCGCAAAUUGCUGCUAAAGAAGCUGCUGCCAAGAAGAAGGGUGGAAAGAACAAGGGUGGAAAGAAGAACCAAGCCCGCGAAGCAAGUGAAGUUCCUCCUGAUGAUGAAUUCGGCUCUUGGGCUGAUAAGCGCGAGCCCCAUCACACCGAGGCACAGAUUGCUGCCAAGGAGGCCGCCGCCAAGAAGAAGGGCGGAAAGAAAGGUGGAAAGAAGAACCAGGCUCGUGAUGAGGUUCCUGCAGAUGAUGAGUUCGGUUCUUGGGCUGAUAAGCGUGAACCCCAUCAUACUGAAGCUCAAAUUGCUGCCAAAGAGAAAGCUGCUAAGGCGAAGGCUUCAAAGAACAAGUCUAACUAGACGUCACACAAAUAUGAUACUGCUAACCAUAAUAGGUGGUUAAGUAUAAGCGUCAAGGAAGGGAGAUUUAGGCUAUAUAAAAAGAAUAGAGAGAUUGAUUACUAUACUUGCGUCCUCUUUUUUUUUUGCUAUUGCCAUUGAUUGAUACUGACAUUUCAAC